AUGGACAAUAAAAAGGCAGCAGAGGAUCUGACUGAUUACUUUAAAACAUUCUUUGGGAACAAUCUUCAAAAAGAGCUACUGAAAGCUCCCCCAUCCACUGAUGAUGUCUUGGCUCCCACCACUCACCUCAUCAGGAAGAGAAGAGAGGAGCUGGACAUACACAAGGCCAUGGAGGCCCUUCAAGAGCACUUUACCAUGACCCUGAUGGCCCAGCGUGUCAGAGAUAAAGAGCUGAAGGAGAGGGAGGUUAACUUAAAGGAAUACCUCAGUAACUUCAACACAUUUCUCCAGGAGAAUAAAUGGAAAAACGGCCGUGCGUUGAAGACAGCAGUGAAGGAGAGAGAGCUAGCUCGUCAGAAAGCAGCGAACCUACUCUCCCUGAGACAGGAGCUUAAGGCUUUCACUAAAGAGAGAGAAAAGAUUGCUGCUCAUGUAGAGAAACAUGAAAUCUACCCCCGCUUUCUAGAUAAAGUGGUCAAAGCCAGCAAGCAGUUCCAGGAGGCGUGGCAGGUGAUGUCCAGGGUGGACAGUCUGGUCCAGACCAGGGAAGAACUACUGACCAGCAUCAAGCAGAACCAGGAGUGUUGUGAGACGGCCCGGACCCAGCUGACCCAGUACCUGGAGCAGAACGACGACCGCCUGCUGCACUACAACAACAGGCUGGCCAAGCUACAGAGGAUUCUGGACAGAGUACGCAGUGAGACCAUGCUAUGGGAGUCCCGGUGGGCUCACAUCCAGAAUUUGGCAACUACGAAGGCCAUGCUCCUGGGCACCAUCAAGUUGGCCACCGCCAACCUGUACCAGACUACCAGCAAGAAGGCCCAGGAUGGGUGGGGCGAGGUCGCUCUGAAGGACACUCUCAAACAGCUGGAUAAGGGCGAUCACAGGAACGCAAUGCGGGUCGAUGAGGAGCCGAUGCAGCUGACAAAGUUGCGUCGUUAG